GUACUGGGCAGACGGUGGCACACAAAAUGUAGGCUGGGUGGAUUUGGAAGGGAGGAAAACUUCUGUGAUUCUACACAAAAAUAACUCACUCUUCUACGGCAUGGACAUCUAUCUGAACGACAUCUUCAUAUCAGACUGGGACUUUUUAUAUAGCAAUCAGUCAAUCAAAACACACAUAUAUCGCUAUGGAGUUGAUGGGACUUACCGGGCAUGGGUUAUGAAGGCUCAAGGACAAUGAAUGAUAUCCGUGUCUUCACAGAGGAAACAGAAGAUAAAGGGCCAAAUGGAUGUGGAAACAACAACGGUGGUUGCAGUUACAUCUGUAUACCGACUCCUAAUAACAGAAGUAAAUGUCUUCCUCAUGGCACAGAAGCCGGAGCGGAAUCUGCCAGCACCAACACUGUGAUCAUCACUGUUGUCUGCGUUGUGGCUGGUGUUGUAAUAGUUGCUGUCGUUGUCGCACUCGUCGUUGUGUUCAAACUAAGACGUAAAAGCGAUGACAAAGAAGAUGUGGCUUUCAUACGAGGAGGGACCAAGCCUGAUAUCCCAUUGGAGCCACGGCCUGCCACAUCAUAUUCGGCCUUUGAUGUUGCUGACAACAUUUACAGCAAAUCUCGACUUGGUAAAAGCGGAAACAGCUCUAAUGACAAAGGUGAGAGCAGCAGCCAACAACAUGUGAGGUUCACCAAGGGGAAGCGACUUCCUUACAUGGCAAAUAGGGAACAAGCGACCGCACCUAGUGACGGUUAUUCGAAUCUGGGCGAUGAAGAAGAACGUGUUUCUAAGGAUUUUCAUUCCGGUGACGAAACAGAGUGAGUGGGAGACGAACCACUCGCUGUACAGCUUUCAGUUUAACUUCCGACAUCACCGACAACUGAGCACAAAGCCGAAGCUUCUGAAACUUUCGGAUGACGAAUCCACAGCAGCGGAUCUACUUUUUGUGUCUGAUGAAACAAAUUAGAUUAUUUUUGCUAGCGUUAAAAUAACUAAUACCAUGUAAUGAAAUAAUGAAAAUGACUAGAAUGUCUUUUUUGUAUUCGACGAAGCCUUUAAAUAUUCUUUGAGCUGACUUGGGAGCCACAUAAGCAGUUAAUCUAUUUUUUUGUGUGUAUUUUUGAUUUGUAGCACAGGACAAUGGCAACAGAAUAGAGAGUCAAACUAUUUGCCUAGCAAUUAAUAACUAGAGAUAAGUUGAUGAUAAAAUGGUUAUUUUGUCUGUGCUAGGGAUCAUGUUUUCUAUGUUUUGUAUUAUUAAAUUAUGUUAUCUUAUUAAUCAAACACAUCUUUACGUUAAAUAUUAAAAUGCUUACAAUACGCUAUAAUAUAAAUGCCAAUUGUAAGAAAACUUAGUUGUUACUGAAAAUAAUGUAAAGAACGAAUCUUGUAAUAGUGAUUGUGACCAUUCUACACACCAACUGUCACUUGGUAAUUCAACUGGCGAGCCUCUGGGUUUGAAAGAUUGAGCUCGAACUGCUCGGAGAUAUAUAUCUCUCUGUACAUGUACCAUGUUUACAGACCUACGGUCGAAACACGUAGAGCAUUUUCUAAAUGCGAUUUACAAUUUUUAAUUUUAAAUAUUUUUAGCGUACAAUAAAUUCUUGGGGAUAUUUUUAUGCCGUAGAAAUAUCACAAGAAAUACACCUUAAAGUGAGUGUCACACGGUGGACUGUGGUGUGACAACAGUUGCUGGUUUGACAUAAACACCAAUUCUUUCUCCCUACUAUAGUGACCUUCAUACCUCCCACUGCUCCCUCCUACAGUAUACGUUAUCUUGCAGUUCAUGAUGUUGUUUAGGUAUGCACAUUGGUUAUUUUAAUGUUUUUGUGUUAUUUUAACAUUUCUGCUAAUGUAAUUGUUUUUUCCCAGUUUACCUCAUAAAAUGACUUAAGAA